UUCUGUCUUUUGCAUAGUGGAGGGAAGGAGGAAUCUGUACGAUGUCGUCGCUCGCUUCACCCCCGGGUCAUGGAGCCUCUCUGCGUCCAGCGGCGUCUCCGGUACAGGCGCAUGCAUCUCCUGGUCGAUCACACGCCGUCGCAGGACUGCAAUCACUGGAUAUCCCUGCGAAAACCGAUGCCAACGCCUCUGUCAUGGACGAACUACUGCUGAAGUAUCUGCAGACGCGAGGCUAUCACAUCUCCAAAGGAGAGACGCAGCAACCAGAGGCCACAGAAGAGGACAGAAGGAGACUGUUAGGCGACCAAGCGGCACGGAUAGAGAACGCCAGCAUCGACAAAUACGCGCAGCAGAUGGGUUUGACUACGGAGGCGUGCACUGCGAAUCACUUGUUGCUGACAGGUUGACUGUGAUGCUUUGUGAUACUAUAGCUAUUUUACGGACUCACUGGCGGCAAUCCUGAAGCGUAUGACGAGGCGUAUGGAAAGCUGCUGGACUGGAUCUGCAACUCGUUGGACAUGUACCGCAACGAGCUGCACGCUGUGGCUUUCCCGAUCUUUGUGCACUGCUUCUUGGAGCUAUUGGCCAAGGGAUUCGUAGAGGCAGGCAGGAGUUUCUUCCAUCGAUAUGCGUCAGACCACACGAGACUGCACUUGGAGGAGCUGCGUACACUCAGUCUCGUGUUCUCGCCGCAGCAUUUGCGUGAAAACGAGUACGUGCGCGAAGUGCUGCACAGCAAGUUUAAUAUCGAGAUGAGCUUGCUGUCUUUCGAGCUGCUCAACACUUUUUUGAGCCAGGAGCGUCUCUUUUUGCUGCUAUCGAUUGUCAACGAGCGCGUGAAUCUCGUGGUAACGUCGAACCAACCAGGUAUACAGAUUCAACAGCUUCAGGAUGCAUCUAAUCCAGUCGAAGUACUGAAUAAUUUGGAGCCGAAAAGCGACGCAGCUAGCGGAUUUAAGACGUCAGACGAACUAGCACAGGCUGUCGCGACAUCGGACCAUCCAACCGAGAGUGAGAUCACUAUGCCUUUGACGACGGGGCCCUACGACAUCGACUACAUGGUGCGCGCAGCAAGUGGCUCUGCUGCAGCUACUGGAAGCAAUGGCUACACAGUGCACGAUCUGAACGCUAUCCCUGUAAACUGGGGAGUCCUACCCGAACGCAAGGUGCAUGAUCCCUCUGCAGAUGAAGAAGACGAAGGGCAGGAAGGUGUAGCAACCGCUAACGGAGCAGCAGGGAGUAGCUCUACUAGUGGUGCUGGUGGUGAGGCUGCAGCAGCCGAUGGAGACAAAAAGGCAGAUGGAGCGAAAGAUAAAGGCAAGGCUACAGCAUCAGCAGAUGCGCACCGUAAGCACAAACGUGUAAAGCUAUCAAGUGACGGCACAGUAGGCAAGAAACGAGAGUUAUUGGAGGAGACGGGCCCACUUCCUGAUCGGAAGAAUGCUUUCAACGCAGAAGUGAUGGAGAAACUUGUGCUUCGCGUACCUACCAACAUGAAGGAACAUAUUCUCGAUGACAUUCGGCUCCGCGCUCCAGUGAGUCGUAGUGCGCUGCCAUCGGCUCUGUGCUUCACUCUGCUGAAUUCAGCAACACACGUCAACAACAUGUGCUUUAACGACGACGUGACCAUGGUCGGCGCUGCUUGCGAUGAUGCCUCUUUCCGUGUAUGGCGCAACGAUGACCAGCCACUUGGAACAGCUACAGGAUCAGUCUACCAUGGCAGUACAGGGUCAUCGUUCACAGAGGCAGAAGAAGAUGAGAAGAUGGCUGUGCUACGAGGCCACUCGAGUGCUGUAUAUGGCGCAAGCUUCUCUCCGGACAAUCGUUUCGCACUCACGGCAUCAGCUGACUCAACGGUACGGCUGUGGAGUCUGGCGGCUAAGAGCAACCUGGUGGUGUACCGGUCGCAUCAGGGAGCUCCUGUAUGGGAUGUUACCUUUGCGCCGUUAGGAUACUACUUCGCGACCUGCUCCAUGGACCGGACAGCGCGACUCUGGAGUACGGAUCACAUCACCCCACUCCGUGUAUUUGCUGGUCAUUUAUCGGAUGUGGACUGCGUACGUUUUCAUCCGAACCACAAUUAUCUGGCCACUGGAUCCAGCGACAAGACUGUACGGCUGUGGGAUGUGCAGUCCGGCAAAUGUGUCCGUGUUUUCACGGGCCAUUUUCGUGGAGUGCAAUGUCUGGCAUUCUCGCGCAAUGGUCGAUAUCUCGCAAGCUCAGGAGAGGACCAGUACAUCAAUAUUUGGGAUCUACAGGCCGGCAAACGUCUGGAAACCCUCAUGGGUCAUAAGGCCAUGGUCACGUCACUAGACUUUAGUCAGGAGAGCACGAUACUAGCAAGUGGUGGCAUGGACUCGACGGUGCGUCUCUGGGAUAUGAAGGCGCUCACGGAGAAACCCACGACCUACUCAACUCUUUCAGGCGCAAUGGAAGACUUGCACGUGAGUUCGUCGGAUGUAGACGAAUCGAACGGCACUCAACUGCCUGGUCGAAGCCGAUUUGUCAAACCCGUGCCGAUGGUACGACCAGGAGCGGUACAGGAGCUGCCGUCCUCACGUUUCCUGCUCAAGACGCUGCGCUCCAAGCAGACGCCCAUGUAUCGCGUCCACUUCACGCCGCGCAAUUUGCUGCUUGCUGGUGGCAUCUUCCAGCCGAAAAUGGAGACAUAGUGAGCCUGUAGCGCCCCUGUGAGGGAUAAUCUAAUGCGAAAUUCCACGCACUACUCACCCUCCUCAACUUGUGCUGGGUGUAUUAGUUUAUACAGCUACUGCUCAUUAUCCUAUCUCG